UCAGCCCCGGCUUCACCAGUCCGGCACCGGGACGAGCCUCGCCGUGUCUCCGUCUGUGCUCUCUCUGUUAACGCCCACCGGUAAAAAAGAACAAAAAACAAAAAAACAAAAACCCACCGUGCGGGAGCAGAGACGGUCGUUAUUACAGCUACCACUGGUUUUUUUCUUUUACAGCUAAAGAUUUCGGUUAUCAGAUGCGGCUCACAAAGGAUUAGCGGCCGUGCGGGAAUUCCGCCCUCACGGAGCUAACCGGACAGACCCCGCCUCCCAUUAAUUUGUCAACAAAGGGGUUUGACAAGCUCGGAGAAGCCCUGCCUCCGUGUUCCCAUAAAAGGAUGAUUUGGCCAUACACGGCCAACAAUCAGGCAGUGGGUGACCGUUUUUCCCUUCCCUGUCCCGUUCAUAUGGUGUGUUGACUUCCUCCGUCGCCGUUAAAGCGGAGCUAUCAUGGCGGAGCGCGUACAGCAGCCCCCGGCCAAGCGGCUCUGCUGUAGACCGGGCUACAACGCAACAUGUAGGCAAGGCCAGCGGGCCGCCUGGGCACCGUGCGGAGGCUCGGCCGCCACCCAGGGCGAGUCGAGCAAAGCCCAGAGCCCGGAGUCUCUCCUGGACAUCGCGGCGAGGAAAGUCGCCGAGAAGUGGCCGUUUCAGCGGGUAGAGGAGCGUUUCGAGCGGAUCCCGGAGCCCGUUCAGCGGCGGAUCGUGUACUGGUCUUUCCCGAGGAGCGAGCGGGAGAUCUGUAUGUACUCGUCGUUCAACACCGGCGGGGAGGAGAUCGCGAGUAGCGGGGAGAGCGGCGACGACACGCGGCUGCCAUUCCGACGGGGCAUCGGUCUGCUGGAGAGCGGCUGCGUGGACAACGUACUGCAAGUCGGGUUUCACCUCAGCGGCACAGUAAGGGAACCUGCCACGUCCUCGGAGCCCGAGCUAGUCUGCAACGUGAGCGUCAGCUUCGACCGUUGCAAAAUCACAGCAGUAACGUGCAGCUGCGGCAACAAGGACAUCUUCUACUGCGCGCAUGUCGUGGCGCUCUCGCUGUACCGAGUACGGAAGCCCGAGCAGGUCAAACUGCGCCUGCCCAUAUCAGAGACUCUUUUCCAAAUGAACAGAGACCAGCUGCAGAAGUUUGUUCAGUACCUGAUCACAGUGCAUCACACCGAGGUGCUGCCGACGGCGCAGAAACUGGCGGAUGAAAUACUGUCUCAGAACUCGGAGAUCAACCAGGUUCACGGAGCUCCGGAUCCGACGGCGGGGGCCAGCGUGGACGAUGAGAACUGCUGGCAUCUGGACGAGGAGCAAGUUCAGGAACAGGUGAAGCUCUUUCUCUCCCAGGGCGGGUACCACGGCUCGGGAAAGCAGCUCAACCUACUGUUCAGCAAGGUGAGGGAGAUGCUGAAGAUGAGGGACUCCAACGGAGCGCGCAUGUUAACGCUGAUCACAGAGCAGUUCAUGGGCGACCCCAGACUGGUGCUGUGGAGGCAACAGGGAACCACCAUGACUGACAAGUACAGGCAGCUGUGGGAUGAACUAGGGGCUCUGUGGAUGUGCAUUGUGCUGAACCCCCACUGUAAGCCCGAGCAGAAAGGUUUCUGGCUCCGACAGCUUCGCAGGUGGAACGGCGUGGACGUCUGCCCCUUGGAGGACGGUAACCAUGGCAGCGAGCUGACCAAUCUGACCAACGCUCUGCCCCAGGGCCCUCCCGGCAACCCAGAUUCACUGACUCGGCCUCACCGGACCGUGUUCACGCGAGCGAUCGAGGCCUGCGACCUGCACUGGCAGGACCCCCACCUGCAGCACAUCAUCACCGAGGACCAUUACGCCAACUACUGUUACCAUGACAACCUGGACAGCUCCCUCUUCGACGCCCGAGGGUGGCCCCUGUGGCACGAGCACGUCCCCACCGCCUGCGCCCGAGUCGACGCCCUGAGGUCGCACGGUUACCCCAAGGAGGCGCUCAGGCUCGCCAUCGCCAUAGUCAACACGCUGAGGAGGCAACAGCAGAAACAGCUGGAGUUCUUCCGCACUCAUAAAAAAGAGCUGCUCCAUAAAGGCGUAACAUCAGUGACCAACAUGGAGGGUUGGGUGGGCCACCCCCUGGACCCCAUCGGCACGCUCUUCAGCACCCUGAUGGAGACGGGGCAGAGCAGCGAGGACGUCCUGCUCGACUUCUCAGGCUCGCUGGGUUCGAGCAGGAGGACCGAGCAUCCCGCGUUCCCGGCGCAGCGUUUCCUGGAGGAAGAGGAGUCGUUCGUGUCGCUGGCUGUGGAGACGGCUCUGAUUGGUCUGGGGCAGCAGAGGGUGAUGCCGGACGGCCUUUACGCCCAGGAGAAAGUGUGUCGCAACGAAGAGCAGCUACUGGCCAAGCUCCAAGAAGUGGCGUUAGACGACUCGUUGGUGAAGAUCUUCCGGAAGCAAGCCGUUUUCCUGCUAGAGGCUGGUCCUUACAGUGGUCUGGGGGAAUUACUCUACAGAGAAAGCGUCCCCAUGCACACUUUUGCCAAGUAUCUCUUCACCUCGCUGCUACCUCAUGACGCCGAACUGGCGUACAAAAUUGCACUGAGGGCCAUGAGGUUGCCGGUCCUGGAGUCCACGGCCCCCUCCGGUGACUUGUCCCGGCCUCACCAUAUAGUGUCGGUGGUGCCCAACCGCUACCCUCGCUGGUUCACCCUGAGCCACAUAGAGACCCAACAGUGUGAACUGGCCUCCACCAUGCUCACUGCUGCUAAAGGUGAUGCUCGUAAGCUACAAACAGUGUUAGAGUCCAUCCAGAAGAACAUCCACUCCUCAUCCCACAUCUUCAAACUGGCCCAGGAUGCCUUCAAAAUCGCCACCCUCAUGGACAGCCUGCCGGACAUCACGCUGCUCAAAGUCUCCCUGGAGCUGGGCCUUCAGGUGAUGAGAAUGACCCUGUCUACCUUGAACUGGCGAAGGAGGGAGAUGGUGCGAUGGCUCGUCACGUGUGCUACUGAAGUUGGUGUCUUUGCACUGGACAGUAUCAUGCAGAGCUGGUUCACCCUCUUCACCCCCACCGAAGCCACCAGCGUCGUGGCUAGCACAGUCAUGUCCAACAGCACCAUUGUCCGCCUGCACUUGGACUGCCAUCAGCAGGAGAACCUGGCCAACUCCGCCCGCACCCUGGCCCUGCAGUGUGCCAUGAAGGACCCCCAAAACUGUGCCCUGUCGGCGCUGACGCUCUGCGAGAAGGACCACAUUGCCUUCGAGACAGCCUAUCAGAUUGUACUGGACGCAGCCACCACAGGAAUGAACUACACACAGCUGUUUACAAUAGCACGCUACAUGGAGCACCGCGGUUACCCUAUGAGGGCGUACAAACUAGCGACGUUAGCCAUGACUCACCUGAACCUCAGCUACAACCAAGACACACACCCGGCCAUCAACGACGUGCUCUGGGCGUGUGCGCUCAGCCACUCGCUGGGAAAAAACGAACUGGCAGCCGUCAUCCCCCUGGUGGUGAAGAGUGUGAAGUGUGCCACCGUCUUGUCGGACAUUUUGCGGCGGUGCACGUUGACGACACCGGGCAUGGUGGCGCUGCACAGCCGCAGGAACUCUGGGAAGCUGAUGUCUCUGGACAAGGCUCCGCUCAGGCAGCUACUGGAUGCCACGAUCGGGGCUUACAUCAACACGACGCACUCUCGGCUUACGCACAUCAGCCCACGCCACUACAGCGAGUUCAUCGAGUUCCUCAGUAAAGCCAGAGAGACGUUUCUCAUGGCGCACGACGGACACAUCCAGUUCACACAGUUCAUAGACAACCUGAAACAGAUAUACAAGGGCAAGAAGAAACUCAUGAUGCUGGUCCGAGAGAGAUUUGGUUGAAAGAGGAUCACAAGACCAAGUGGCCCCUUUUUUUUUUCCCCCCUCUUUUUAUCCUUUCUAACUUGAAGUGAAAAUCCACUUAAAACAACAUUCGCACGAAUCUUAUUCCUAUGGUUCGGGACUUCUGGGUCUGUGAUAAUUUGAUAAUGAACCGAAGUGGUGUAAUUAAAUGCACAUCACAGUAAAGGUGCGAGGCUAUUUAAACAGCAGCACCAGUGAGAGAAAAUAAGAAACGCCUGCAAACUGACUCCAAGCCACAAAAUUUAUUAAAAGAGAGACAAUGCUUUGAUCUCAGUCGGAUCUUUGUCAGGUCACGAUGCUUAAAAAAUGGAUACUACACCCAUAUAUAUGAUAACAUAUAUAACAUUAUCACAUAUGAUCUCAAAGCAAUUAACAUUGCAAGAAGGUAAAUCUCAGUAGAUGUAUAAAGGCAAUACAUCAAAAAAUGUAAUUAUAAGCUAGAAAAAGGGGGACUCUUAAAAUGGAUAUUAGGCUUAGGCGGUAUCUAUUUUUUCAAACCUUAAUACCUUCCCAACAUUUUGCCAGGGUAUACGGUACAUAACAGUAUUUGUAAAUACUACUACUGAUAAUAAUCAAUUAAUAAUAAUUAAAAAAAAAUAAUUUUCUAAAGGAGAUGUCCUUGUCCAAUUACUUUGACUAGUCUUGCUGGGAAAAGACCAGACCGCCGAUCCUCCACAUAAUUCUUCUCAUGGCCGUAGUAAGUUCCCUGUGUUAAUAAAUAAAUUAAUUUGCCCUUUUCCAUCAGUGAAUGAAUACACGAAAAUAUCUGUGUUUCACAUUACCUUACUGCAGAAUGGUGUAUUCAACGCCGGACACAUGAAAUGAAAGUAAGCUAUAUAAAUAUAAAUACGAGCAGACACUUGGGCGGGACUAUACCUUGUUCGGUUGCGGGUCGUCUUGUGGGAGUAAUGGCUGAACAAGACACAAUAACUGACCCAUACAAAUGAAAAAGGGCUGAAUAAUUUAGCCUAAUGAAAUCCUCUGGUGGUGCUAGAACGCAUCGCGUUAACAGAUCGUAACUUUGUGAUUUCUAAUUGACCGUGGUAAACCUAAACAUCGCCCAAGGUUGAUGGGUAAUACAACCCAAUAAAGUCCCUUCAGAAGAUCUGCGUGCAGCGUGCACUGUAUUUUAUAUUUGAUGGUCGAGGCUAUGAGGAGAUAACAACAAGACCCUAUACCUU